AAAUCACCUGAAAAGGAACUAUGAGAUUGAGAAACACAGAUUUUAUAUUCUCUGAAACUAGGAGAUUUCUAUAACCCUGAACCAGAAAAUAAGAGGGGCUGCCAAAUGCAGUGAAAGUCAAAUAGCGGUAUGGGAGGAUCCUGAAAGGGGACACUUUCAGGUCUGGGACACAGAUCUCAGAUAAAGCUGGCAGAAUAGUGUUCUCCAAAUGAAAAUGCCUCGUGUAAAAGCAGCUCAAGCUGUAAGACAGGGCCCUGCAAAGAGACGUCUUGCAGAACAGUUUGCAGCUGGGGAGAUAAUCACUGACAUGACAAAAAAGGAAUGGAAACUAGGAUUACCCAUUGGCCAAGGUGGCUUUGGUUGUAUAUAUCUUGCUGAUAUGAAUUCUUCAAAAUCGGUGGGCAGCGAUGCACCCUGUGUUGUAAAAGUGGAACCCAGUGACAAUGGACCUCUUUUUACUGAAUUGAAGUUCUACCAGCGAGCUGCCAAACCAGAGCAAAUUCAGAAAUGGAUUCGUACCCAUAAACUGAAGUACCUGGGUGUUCCUAAGUAUUGGGGGUCUGGUCUACAUGAUAAAAAUGGAAAAAGUUACAGGUUUAUGAUAAUGGAUCGCUUUGGGAGUGACCUUCAGAAAAUAUAUGAAGCAAAUGCCAAAAGAUUUUCUCGGAAAACUGUCUUGCAGCUAAGCUUAAGAAUUCUGGAUAUUCUGGAAUAUAUUCACGAACAUGAGUAUGUACACGGAGAUAUCAAGGCCUCAAAUCUUCUUCUGAGCCACAAGAAUCCUGACCAGGUGUACUUGGUAGAUUAUGGCCUUGCUUAUCGGUAUUGCCCAGAAGGAGUUCACAAAGAGUACAAAGAAGACCCCAAAAGAUGUCACGAUGGCACUAUUGAAUUCACCAGCAUCGAUGCGCACAACGGUGUGGCCCCGUCGAGACGUGGUGACUUGGAAAUACUUGGUUACUGCAUGAUCCAGUGGCUCAGUGGGCAUCUUCCUUGGGAGGAUAAUUUGAAAGAUCCUAACUAUGUUAGAGAUUCCAAAAUUAGAUAUAGAGAAAAUAUUGCAGGUUUGAUGGACAAAUGUUUUCCUGAGAAAAACAAGCCAGAUGAAAUUGCUAAAUACAUGGAAACAGUGAAAUUACUGGACUAUGCCGAAAAACCUCUUUAUCAAAAUUUACGAGAUAUUCUUUUGCAAGGACUCAAAGCUAUAGGAAGUAAGGAUGAUGGCAAACUGGACUUCAGUGUUGUGGAGAAUGGAGGUUUGAAAACCAAAGCUAUAACAAAGAAGCGAAAGAAAGAAAUUGAGGAAAGCGCAGAACUUAGUGUUGAAGAUAUGGAAUGCUCAAAUACACAGACAAAGGAGGCCACACAAACUCGAAGUGAGGAGUCCCGAGGAGCAGUACAUGGAAGCGUGUCUCAGCCAGAGGCUAGCAGCAGCAGCUAUGACAGUUCAAAAACCAGAAAGAGAGUCCAGAAGUAAAUCAAAUGCUGUGAACCAAUUUUUCUUUUCUUCUUUUCAUUUGACUUUUUCCUUUUUUUCUGCUCUAAGUGUUUUGUUUUCAUGUGAGUCUUAAGGGGUGGGGGUAACAAUGAAAUACCUAUGUCUUUGAAAAGCAAACUUUUUUUUAUUAAAAUAAAUACUUUGUACAAUUUAUUAAAGGCUAAUUUAUAAAGUUUCAAAAUCUCUAGAUUACACCCUUUAAGCUAUCACCACGCUGUAUGUGUUUGAGGUUCUGGAGUACAUAUAAGAAAAAUUACUAUGACAUGUACUUCUCUAAUCAUUGUAUAUUUCCCAGAGUAUAUAAAAUCUAUGACAAAGUCCUUUUAAGGAAAUACAGAACUUAAAAAUAAAAGUCUCUUUUUGCUUGAUACAAACACGCAACUUGUGGCCAUAAGAUUUGGUUUGUAUUGAUUUUGUUCAGUUCUACAAGCAUUUAUUAAGCACUCGUAAUAUGAAAUGACAAGUACAAAGAAGGGAAAGGAUUAUGAAAGAAAAAGUGGAAUAAUAAGUAUAUCUGUGAGAGAUAAAAUAUACAUGUUUGAAAGUUAGAUUACAUAAGAAUUAUGUAAGUAUGCGAGCUAUAUGAUAAGAAAACAUGAUAAAUUAUCAAGUGGUGGCGUGAUCAAGGAUUUUAUAGACUGGCUUCCUUUAAGGAAAUCCUGUGGGGGGAAAAUAUAUAUCUUAUUGUCAUUUACAUAUUAGUUUUCUUGCAAGUUUCAUUUUUUGUGGCAUAUAAUAUUUGUACAGUAAACAAGCACGUUAGAGCUGUAGUGAUUAGAAAUUUUAAAAUGUCAGCUUUUUGUAGUUGCCUUGGGAACAAAAGCUUGGAAUGUAAACAUUUAUGAACAAUUUCAAGAUUUACUUUGUUAGCGAAAUUGGGAUUGGAUUGUAUUUUUUCUAAAGGGUGGUACACCUUACCAUUUGUGGCAUGUGGAAUGUUUUUAGAUGGUGUAGAGACACACUUUUAUUUAAGUAUUUAAGCAUUUAUUUUAAUAUGUAUUCAAAAUGUAAGUAGACAUUAAACUGGUUAUUUUUCUACAAGCCCAAAGUACGUAUUCCAGUUUUUAAAGAAGCAAGUUGAUUUGAAGAAAAUAUUAAGUAAAUAAUAGUACAGGUGGAAUGUAGACAUAUCAAAAAUUGCCAAGGUUGUACCAAGUUUGAGCAACAGACUGUAACUUUUGGCUCUGAUGUGGCUAUUUGGUUCUCACGUGAAGCGCUUACCACCCUAGUGGUCAGAUGCUGAAGUAUGCAAAACAGAUCUGCAGACUUUGCUCUGAAGGUUAACCUUGUAAAUGCCUCCUGAAGUUCUAGGGCUAUGUGUCUUUACAGAAUAGAGAACUAGAUUUUGGGCAGAGACUCCUCCUGUAUUCUGUAGAAUGUUGGAUUUUAGUGCUCAUCAGUGUUAUGGUCCCAAGUUUAUUUGUAACACCUAAAUCAACUCUCAAGUUCUGUUUCAAACACAUUGACGCUUAAAAUAGGAUAAAAUGUGUGUGCUGUGUUUCUGUGUAUAUGCCUUAGCCUUUUUUAUUUUUCAAAACACAAAAACAUAGCCAAACCUGUUGGUUAAAUAUUAAGAAAACAAAUAUUUCUUCACAUAUUGUUUUUAACAAGUGCUGGCAUUUUCUCGAAUGUUUCUCUGUUGGCAGAGCUGCAGAAAUGAGAAACUAGUAGCCCUAGUGGCCAGUUGGACGUGUCAGCUGCACCCUGGUUCUGCUCUUCUUCUGUCCCCUACCUUACACUGGUGUCUCUUACCCCCUUUAUUUUUAAACAUGGUCAGAUAACCUCCUUGUUAUUCAGAGUUAGGCUUUUUUUCUUGCCUUUUUCAGUUCUAUAUUUCCUAUUUUAAUCUUGCAUUGUUUUUAUUUUCUUUCCAAUCUCUGCAUUCGGUGGAUUCUGCCAUUCUUCGUUCUCCCUUCACAGUCCAGCUUCCCUCUUCCAACACGUAUUCCUAGCCCCACUUUGCCUGCCUCCUCUGCCGCUGGCUUAUGUCCUUAGCGAGCUGAGGCUUUCUGGUCUGUGGAGGAUCGACAUCUGUGCCAGGCUCUUGUCCUUCCCACAGCAGGAGCUAUGUGUGCUCUGCAUUUCCAGAAAGUAACUGAUAAAUCUUUGGUAACCAACUAAGCCCUGAAGUAAAAUAGCUUCUAGGUGUUCUUCAGUAGUGAUCUCUUAAGACAAAUAAAACGCUAAUAGGCCAGAGCUAUAAAACCCCAGUUACUUCUCUGAGUUACUCAAUUGAAUGUGCUUAUAAAGACGUUAGUUGCACAGUAAUAAAUUAGUAGUGGAAAUAUAA